AAGAUUGAAAUUAAUGUCAUGAAAGUUCCGAGUGGUAAAGUUACUCAGCCUUGUCAUUCGACAAUUACUCGGGGACUUAGCUUGGCAGUUCUUCGUUUUGAUCUCUGGAAAGAACAGGGCAUUUCAAUCGGUUGACACAAGCUUGCGAUCACACAAUUGGAGAUUUGAGGUUUAAUUUCCUCUAUCAAUGGCAGAACCUUCUGACUUUACCCCUAACACUGAUAAACCCGAAGAGUUCAGUAGUGGGGUAGAGGAGAAUGACCCGGUUCCAGCAUUGCAAAGUGGCGAAGGUUUGCCUUAUGCACCUAUAGAUUGGCCAAAUCCCGGUGAUACUUGGGGUUGGAGGGUCGGAAGGAGGUUCAACUCUUUAGGGUACUAUAUUGAUAGAUAUUUGUAUCUUCCAAGUAGUCUUCAGAAGCCCACCAUUACAAAACAGUUUGCAAGCAAGUUAGCAGUUGAACGUUAUAUUCAGUCUGAAUUCCCAGAUGCAGACCUUGACGCAUUUUGGGCCUCUUUCAGUUGGAAGGUCCCUGCACUAAAGGAUUCAGCUGGAGUGGCAGCUACCCCGCUGAGUGCGGUGUAUGCAACCCCGCUGAGUGCUGUGUAUGCUGCUUCAUCAAGUGCAGAGAAGGUUGAAGAAGGCAAAGAAGAAAACCCUGUUGCUACAAAUAGAAAAAGGAAACAUACAGCAGUUAAAUCAUUAGCCAAUGGACGAACUCGACGAUCUGUUCGACAGGCUACUAAAGGUUCAAGUAGAGUAAAUGGAAAUAAAAGGGUAACAUCAAAUGCACGAAGGAAAAAUAAGAAGGGUACGGCUGACUUUGAGGAUAAUCAACCAGACAAUGGUUUAUCUGCUGGAAGCGAUUCACCAUCUGCACGAAUCCAAGAGGACUUCAAGAACUAUCUUGAUUCUUUGAUUGAAAAUCUUGCCCAACCUGCAACCGGUAAUUCUCCUGCGCAAGAAAAUGAGUUGGCUCAAAAUCAAAUCCCCCACAAUGAUGCCAAUGCUACUUUCCUCCAUGAAGAUAAGGAAAAAAUUAUCCAGCAGCUUCAGGCAGAUAUAAAUACCGUCUUAUCGGCCAUCCAAGGAAUUGAUAAUCAGAUUGGCCAACUUCAAUCCCGACAAGCAGAGGUAAUGAAAACAAUAGAGACUAAGAAGGGUUUAAUAGCUAAGUUAUCCGUUGAUAGGCAGAAGGUGGGCAAUGGUAAAAUGACGAAUCAAUAUGAGUUAAACUCCGAAAAGCCUGAUGAAAGCUGAAGAAGGAGAGUGCAGGGAAGCAAGAGAUGGAUAUCCUUGCUAAACUAGGUGUAGAUCCAGCUAACGUUUAUGCAACUUAGACGGAUUUUUCGUACGUGAUGUUAUAGCUUAAUCGCAGCUGGGACUUUUGAUUCCAUUACUAUGUAUGUAUGCUGGUGUCAAAUUAUGAUGUACUUGAACUCUUCACUUACAUAUUUAUGGACCAACCAGCCAAACAAUACUGUUGUCGUAA